GUUACUCGUUCGCUAUCCUCCUUCGUCCCAUUCCAAAUCUCUGGUGGCUUCUGCUGUACUGUGCGACAGCCCUUUAGCCGUACAUACUCUCGAAUAUUAUCAGUACCGCUAUACAAAACAGUCCAGCACAUCCGAGUUCGCUGACAUGGCCGGACCGAACCUCGAAGUCUUCAAGUUCGGCCUCUACGUCUUCUUCCCCGUGCUCGCGUUCUUGCAUUAUGGAGACCCGGAGUGGUAUACGAGGAAUGUUAUCCCUUACAAAGAACGGCUCUUUCCCUCAGAAAAGCCAGUACGUGUGCUUCCUUCAAAUCAUGCGGAAGUGCGGGAUGCAGUGGAGAGGCUCAAGGCGCAGAAGCUGAAGCGGAAAGAGGAGAGGGAGGGCCAUGUGGUUCAAAGUGAGGUUGGGGAAGCGGAGGGACGAUCAACGAGGCUGGUGUAGGAGGGAGACCGUGCAGGGUCUUUGGGAGGGUUCAGUUUCAGAGUAAUGGAAGUCAGGUCGUGCCUUUUAUUCGGUGCGUUUUCUGGAUGUGUUUGGGGGGCAUACUCAUACUCUAGAUUUGGGUUUUAUAGCUAUAUUUAUAUCGUUCAUUGUUUUUCUGCCGCCACUACCACCUCUCAACAUGUACUUCUACGCAGUCUACCUCCGUAUUCUCCCUUCAACUUGCUGCUUAUGACUCUCUU